GAAUUACUUUGGUCCUUUAAAUGAAUGGAUGGAAGGAAAGAAAAAAGUUUAUUAAAUUUAUUAUAUAUACGUAUGUUUUAUUUUACCAGACCCGGAGCUUUAGAAAUACAUAAAAACUUGAUUACUCCCGUUGCAGAGAUCCAGAGCUGCCAUUUUGAAUGAGUCCGUCUCCUUUCAGGGGAGCGGAACAAAACUGCGGAACCCGGACGUUUUCCAUGUCAACACCUACUGUUGUGUUGUUCUGCUUUUUAAACCAGGAAGAUGGAUUUGCUGUCGAACAAAUGGAUCGUUAAUUUGCUAGUUUGUUGUCUUUUCAUCGGUGUCGGCUGUAAUUCAGUGGAAAAGAAGAUUUAUGUGCAUCUCAAUUACACUGUCCCAUGUGUACGACUGCUCAACGCAACACAUCAAAUAGGCUGCCAGUCCCAUUUGUCAGGUAAUGUGGGAGUGCUCCAUGUGCUCGAGUCCGAGGAAAACGUGGACUGGGUCCUGCGCUCUGGUCCCAAUCCUCCUUAUCUGGUUAUCCUGGAAUCCCCGCUCUUUACCAGAUCCAUCAUGAUGAAGUUGAAGAACGCCUCCAGCAGGGUGGCUGGCGUUGCUGUUGUGGCGCCGAGUGCAAAUCCGCUCGAGGGCGUCUCUCCACACACCACCUGUCCCAAUGAAAACACAGGCGUGUAUACAGAAAAGUACGAUCCAUCCUUGGCCCAUUGUAACGUGACCGUGUGGAACCCGUUGGGAAGCGGUUUGUCCUACGAGCAGUUUGACUUCCCCAUCUUCUCUUUGAAAGACGACAAUGACACUCAGGUCAUACGGCAGUGUUACAUGGACCAUAACCGCGCUGUGAACGGUAGCAGUCCUCAGUACCCGCUGUGUGCCAUGCAGCUCUACUCCCACAUGUCCGCAGUCACCGACACGGCCACCUGCAUGAGGAGAAAUGACAUCAACUUUAGCAUCAGCCCAGAGAUGGUUUGUGACCCAUUGGGUGACUAUAAUGUCUGGGCCUCCACCAGGCCUAUUAACAACACAGCCAAGGGCCACAAGAUGUGGGAGAGUGUGGUCAUAGCAGCAGCCAGGUUGGACAGCAGGUCUUUUUUCUUUGAAGUUGCUCCAGGAGCCGAGAGUGGAGUCUCUGGGUUUGUCACUCUGCUGGCGGCCGCUCACGCUCUGCGAAAUCCCAUCCAGGUGGCCCCACCCAACCGCACCAUUCUCUACACCUUUUUUCAAGGGGAAACCUUUGACUACAUCGGCAGUUCGAGGAUGGUGUACGAUAUGCAGAACAAUCAAUUUGCCGUGGACUUGGACAAUGUUCACUCAGUAUUGGAGAUAGGACAGGUGGGACUUCGUGCUAACUCCAAACUGUGGCUUCACUCUGAUCCUGUGUCUAGAAAGAACAACAGUGUCAAUGCAGAGGUGAUGAAGCUCAUUGAAAGCUUGCAAUCGGCUUCCGCAGGUUUGAACGUCACGGUGAACGAGACCGGUUUCUCUCAGCCACUCCCGCCCUCGUCCUUCCAGCGGUUCCUGCGAGCUCGGCCAAUCCCCGGUGUCGUUAUCGAGGAUCACCAGUCUGCUUUCACCAACAGGUUCUACGAGAGUAUGUACGAUAAUGCAGAAUACCUGAACAUAUCUUACCCACCAAACCUGACGCCAGAGGAGCAGCUGGUGUCAGUCACUGACACCGCUAUGGCUCUGACUGAGGUGGCCACCAUGGUUGCCCGGGCUCUGUACAUACAGGCAGGAGGAGCUGAAACCCAGCUGAAAAACAUCAACGCAGACCGUAACAUAGUGACCCGGAUGCUGUACGGUUUCCUCGUUCGGUCAAAUAACUCCUGGUUCCAGGAACUAAUCCCCUCUGACCUCAUGAGCCACCUGGCUGACAGGCCCACAAACUUCUACGUGGGCGUGGCCCAGCAGUCCAGCGAGCCGACCCUUCUGGUCAAGUACCUGCUGGCUAACCUGACCGGUAGCCCCACCAACAUCAGCCAGGACAACUGCCAGAACCAGCGAGAAGACGAGAAGGACACAGAGAGCAAACAUAUGUACUCCUACAUGUGGGUUCAAGGCGCGUCGCCUCCCAACAGCACAAAGAGGGAGGGCUUCUGCGUGCGCUCCACGGUCCGUCUCUCCAAAGCGCUGUCCCCAGCCUUCGACCUGCGGGAGUACACCUCCAAAGACUAUUCGACGUGGACGGAGUCCCGGUGGAAGUCCAUCAAAGGACGCAUAUUCCUGGUGGCGAGUCACGAUCUGGAGAUGUUGACGCUGGGCGUGGGUGUCGCCGUGCUGCUAGCAUCCCUGCUGCUGACGUACAUCAUGAGCUCGAAGGCCGACAUCCUCUUCAGCUCGGGGAGGGAGCCGGCCAACGCCACCUACUGAUCCAGACUGAGGCGACGCCGGCCCACCACCACCACCACUACUACAACUACUACUUCUAUCCCAAGCAGACAUGGACGGGGCCUUUUUUUCUUUAAAACGCACCACAAGUAGGUACACAGACGGGUUAGAUACAGCAGAUACAUUUUCUUUUUGACGACGACGAUGACGACUCCAUGUUUAUGGACUCGCUCAGGUGAGGCAUGGCAUGAGGACUGGACCGGACUAGAUUGGCCUGGAUGGAUCUGGACUCCUCAGGGUCCGAAAACCCUUUUCAGGCCCUGUCAGUUGAAAAGAUGUUUAUAUUUUUUUUGUUUUUCUUCCUUUUUAUUGUCAAAGAAUGUUUUGUUUACUGUGUCAUGGGAUAGGCACUGAACAUUGAGCAUUAUUUUGAGCGUGUGUGUGUAUGAUUGUGAAUAUGUAAAUUUGACUGUGUGUGUGCGUGCGUGCGCGCGCCUGUGUGUCCUAGGAUUGCGAUGGUAUGUGCAAUACUGUCUUCUCUGUCAACGUAGUUAACUUAUCAAUCAAUUCUAAUAAGAAGAAACCACUUUUUGAGUCACUGAUCAAGUCGUAGAAUUUAAAUUUAAGGUUUUGCUAAAUCUGGGAAUGUGUGGUAAAGUAUUUUGAUAAGCUUUAGGUUCUGGGAUGUUGACAAACCAUCCUAAAUAUUUAUAUUGUUCAGUCCCAGUACACAUAUAACUACAUGUGUAUGUAGUUGUAGACCCACUGCAGUUUCACAUAUUGUGAUAUUUGUGUGGAGAAGAAGAAUUCCGAAAGGAAUCCGGCGUGGCUAAUAAACUUUUAUUUCAUAUCGAUCAGCUGCCAAAAAAAAACAACUGUCAAAUCCAGUCAGAAAAUUCUUGUUUUGACACUAGAAAUGCCCUGGUACUCUUGCUGUGCACU